UGCAUUGAUGAUGCGAGGUGGUGGGGAUAGUAAACAUCAAUAUCAAUAGUUUGUUGACUUCUUGUGAGAGUUCUCAAUUUCGAUGUCGCAUUUUGAAAAAGGUCACAGACGGCAGCGGCAGUAUCGGAAGGGUCAUGAUUUUGAGAAGCAGAAGCAUAUUGUAGGAGCAAAAGGGCAGGAAGCAACUAAUGUCCUCAGUGAUGAUUCACCAGUGCUGGCUGCGUUUAAGCAGUAUGCUGCUGAGCUAGACACAAAACAUGACAAAUAUGAGGCCAUUGUGAAACUAAGCAGAGACAUUACAAUUGAAAGCAAGAGAAUUAUUUUUUUACUUCAUUCCGCUGACAGAGAGAGCAAGAAACAGUCUGUUCUUCAGGAAGCAGAAACACGAUUGCGCCAGCUGGAGGUAACACAGUUCAAAGCAAUUGCCAAGCAGUUGUUGGGAGAAGACCCGUAUCAGUUUCUUCGAGCAUACACAGCAGGUUUGCAGGAAUAUAUUGAAGCUCUAACAUUUUACUACUUCAUUAAGAUCAAUGAUCUGCAAUGUUGGAACCAUGUGCAAAGAAAUUUGGUGUUCUGUAGUGAUAAAGAAGCCGAAGAAACAAAAGGAUGUAAAGAAAAUGAAGAAAGCAAGACUGAAGACAGCUGUAAUGACAAGGAUAGUGCUGGUGACAGCAGUAACACUUCUCAUGACAAACAAAUAUGUCUAGUUCCACAGACUGAAUAUAUACUGGGGGUUGCUGAUCUCACAGGAGAAUUAAUGCGCAAGUGCAUUAAUAAUGUUGGACUGGGUUAUAUUGAAAGCUGUUUUCAGACAUGUGCUUUUGUGAAGGACAUUUAUACGGGAUUUUUGCGUAUAGGAAAUAUGGGUCCUAAGGAAUGUACAAGAAAGCUCUACACUUUACGACAAAGCUUGACCAAAAUGGAGACUGCUUGUUACACAAUACAUGUACGGGGGUCGGAGAUUCCAAAGCAUAUGCUCGCUGAUGUUUUUAGUGGAACCCAGGAUGAUUUCAUUCAUGAAGAGGAUGAAGGGUUUUACUAGAUAUAAGAUAAAACAGACUGCCUUUGUGGUUUUCAUUACAGCUGAAACCAACAUUGAAAGAAACUGUCUUUUCCAAAAUUGGAGAAAAAGUUUUCAGACACCAUGUCUGCCUGUAUUAUUGGUCAUGCAAAAUAAAAUCUUAUAUUAUAUUGCUUUAUUUGUUUGAAAAGGAAUUUUGGAAUUUUUUCUUUUACGAAGACUGAAGUACUGAAUAUGUAGUUCUAGGCAUGCAGUAAACUUCUACUAGUGAAUACAUGGUGCAUUUUUCUCUUGUACAUAGUCUCACCUGAAAUUUAGUAUAUUCACCAACUUGAACAUGGAUGAGUUUAAGCAUUACUGUAUAUUGUAUUUGCAGACCAUAUGGUAGCCAUCUGUGUAUGAUGAAAUAUUUGCUUAGCUAUGGAUUAUAUCUGCAUAAAUUGUGUGUACGAAUAGCGUAAGCUGUUAAGUAGUGUCAUGAGUUUUUAAUAGGAAUAUAAAAUCCAAGGUGUACUUAACCAACUGAAUAACCCCUAUAAAUGUCCAAUUAUAUUAAUUAUUGUAUGUAGUUGACUUCAAAGCAAGAGAGAGCAUGUAGUUUCUAGUUUAGUUGGGUCACAAUUGCUACUAUUAGAAAUCACACUGACUCUAAAACAUUUUGUCCACAUUUUCCAAUUAAAAGAAAAUUAUCAUUUUCAGAUUGUUGUUUAUGACAAGAGACUGAAAAUGGGUAGCAUUGAAGAGUAUGUGGUAUUGAAUUUGAGGCUCAGAAAGCAAUAAAGAAUGUGAAAUCAUAGUAUCAGGCAAUGGAGACUAGAAUAGUUCUUCAGAUAAUUGUGCAAAAAGUAUUUAGUGGAAGUAUGAAAUCGAUACAUCUUCGGAAUUUACUGUCCUCAGGCUGCAUUUUUUGACAGAAUAGCAGUGUGGAUUAUUUCACAAAGAUGAUUAUUGUAGUUAUAGAGACAAACAGGUUUCUUUAUGGCAGGAUACUAUUAAUGAUGAAAAUAUGAGUGUUAAUUGUUGACACAUUGGCUGAAGAGGUGCAGACGUACUGGAUAAAACACGUGGCAGCAGCUGCACAAUAUUUUGUUAUAUUCUGUGUCACCUAAUUUCUUGUACUAAAAAUAGCUACUUUAAUUUUUCUGACAGUGCAUCACAUUUUUAUAUGUCAACGACUAUCA